UUGAUGUUCUCGUUCUAAAACAUCUCUUUAGUUUUUGAUAAUUGGUGAUGUUCUUUUGGUAAAGUCAUUCAAUCCGUAUUUCCCAAUAAAGAAACCAAGGUGCAAAAAUAGGAAGUAGUAGUAAUACAAAGUUUAGCGCCUCGACAGUCUUGAACUAAAGAUGAUAAAUGCCAAAAUACCCAAAUUCAAAUCUUUGGUCCCGUUAAAAGAAACAGAAAUUAACCACCUUUUAUGGCCGCCAAAAUUUUCUUCACUACCGUUAGCUCUACAACACUAUAUCAAUUCCGACACUCCUAUACACGGCCAAAAGAUCCAUUCAUACAUUUUCAAAACUGGGUACAAACCCAAUACCAAUAUAUGCAUCAAGCUUAUAAUACUUCAUUUAAAAUCUUCUUGCCUUUUCUAUGCGCGCCAAUUGUUCGACGAAAUGCGUCAACCGACUCUCUCGGCUUAUAAUUACAUGAUUUCAGGCUAUGUAAAACAUGGGUUUGUCUUAGAGUCUUUUGAUAUGGUUAAAAAGUUGUGUCUUUCUGGUGAAACUCCAGAUGCGUAUACAUUGUCAAUGAUCUUGAAAGGCUCCACUAGUAGCUAUGCCGAGUCAUAUUCUCCUUAUAUUGGAAAACAGGUUCAUGCCCAGAUAUUUAAAUGCGUCAUUGAAGGUGAUGAUGUGCUGUAUACGGCGUUAGUUGACUCGUAUGUGAAGAGCGGGAGGGUGGACUAUGCGAGGAGAGUGUUUGAUUUGAUGUUGGAAAAGGAUGUAGUUUGCUCGACGUCGUUGAUAACAGGGUACAUGAAUCAGUGUUAUAUUGAGGAUGCUGAAGAUGUGUUUAGUAGAACGACAGAGAAAGAUGUUGUGGUGUUCAAUGCAAUGAUUGAAGGUUAUAGCAAACAAGUUGAAAAUGCUAAGAAGGCGAUUGAGGUUUACAUUGACAUGCAACGUUUGGGUUUUAGGCCGAAUAUUUCUACUUUUGCAAGCAUUAUUGGGGCUUGUUCUGCUCUAGCAGAAUUUGAAAUUGGUCAACAAGUUCAAGGGCAGCUCAUGAAGACUGAGUUAAUUGAGCAUGUAAAAAUUGGAAGUGCUUUAAUUGACAUGUAUUCUAAGUGUGGGUUGGUUGAGGAUGCAAGAAGAGUCUUUAACUACAUGCCUGAGAAGAAUGUUUUCUCAUGGACUUCCAUGAUUGACGGAUACGGGAAAAAUGGGUAUCCUAAUGAGGCACUUGAACUAUUUAGUGUAAUGCAAAUAGAUCAUCUCAUUGUUCCAAACUAUGUUACAUUUCUAAGUGCUCUCUCUGCAUGUGCGCAUUCUGGGCUAGUUGCUAAAGGAAGAGAGAUUUUUGAAAGCAUGGAGAGAGAUUACUCUAUGAAGCCGAGGAUGGAGCAUUAUGCUUGCAUGGUUGAUAUCUUGGGCCGCUCAGGGAGCUUAAAUCAGGCCUUAGAGUUUGUAAUUAAUAUGACUGAAAGGCCAGAUUCUGAUGUUUGGGCAGCUUUACUCAGUUCUUGUAGACUGCAUGGAGAUGUGGAAUUGGCUAAUUUAGCUGCCAAUGAACUUUUCAAGCUGAGUAGUGGUAGUCGUCCAGGGGCAUAUGUUGCCCUAUCUAAUGCUCUGGCAGAUGCUGGGAGAUGGGACGGUGUAAGUGAACUUAGGGAGAUUAUGAAGAUUAGAGGAAUAUCAAAAGGUACAGGCUUCAGUUGGGUUGGCGGUGAUAGCAGCUUGAAAGCUUUCUUCGCAGAACAACAUAUUUAAUUAAAGAUAAUAGUAGCAUUCUUUCACUCAGUUAAUCUGAUGUCUUGCGCUUCUCAUUAUAUACAGUUUAAAUUCUCUAGACUCCUGGUAGUUCAGGUUACAUUGUUGCCAAUCCAUACCCACCUAUCCAUGCCUGAACAGGAUGAUAGAAAAUGGAUAUAUGGCUAGUUGAAAUAACCCAAUGGAAAAUAUACCUAUUCAGCUACAUGGUUUGGCUUUCUUCACCCUUGGACAAGGAUUCAAGUUCAUAUGCGUGAGUUUGUAUUUAUAUCCUUCAAGAAAGCAAUGCUUCUAUCUUUUAAACUCAGGUUGAGGUCUUCCUAUAUUCAUGCUCGCAUGAGGAGUGAAGAGGAAUAACUUGUUCACAGUCAGCCAUACUUCAGAGUGUGCUAGUGAGAGAGCUGUCCACUUUCCGGAAUUUAUCAAUCUAGAUCCCCAAGGCACCCAAGAAGGUGUGUUUCGUUGAUUGGUUGGUAACAAAGGUAGAGACAUCGAUAGCCGAGAAUCUGAGGAAGAGGAGAAUUAUUUAUAUUAGAUGUUCGGUCUUCAUGUAGAUCAUCUUCUGCUGCAUUGCCGGAUGGCAGUGGCAUUUGUGGUGGGUGGUCCUGAAUUGGUUCGGUGUACAAUGGAUCAUGCCAAGCAUGUGAAGGAAACCCUGCAAUAGAGGCGGAACUAGGUAUAGGUAAGGGGUUUGUCUUAGACCAUCUAUCAAUUGAUGUGAUAAACUUAAAUCUUUUCUGGAGAACUUGACUUCUUGGAGAAAUAACUCUCUACAUUAUAGGAAAAAAUAUAUUUUUUGGAUAUCCCUAUUUGUAACAAGAGAUCUUUUUUUUAAGGGAAAAAAUUUCUUUAAUCAGAUCCAGACAUUGAUAGAGGGUCUAUCGGAAACAGUUUCUCUACCUCUCCAGGUAGGAGUAAGGUCUGCGUACACACUACCCUCCCCACACCCCACCUGUGGGAUUAUACUGGGUAUGUUGUUGUUGUAGAUCCAGACAUUGAUAAGUAAGGACUUAACAUUAUGCUGCAGUUCAGGACUUUGUGGAACUAAAUUCUUAAUCCUGUGCUAUGCUUGGAAGUUGGAAUGUGCUGUCUCAUGAUGUGAAGCUGUCAAUAGCAUGACGCUAAAGAUUAGUUAUACGUGUAAGGCCUCUUGCUUCAUCAUCGCUGGUACCAUCAGAAGAAUUCUGUAUUAAUACUUGUUGGAUAUAAUGAACAGUCUAAACAUUUUCUCACCUAGAAUAUUAAUCUUGAUUUACUAAAAAAUUCUAUUGGUAACUGGAUGUUGUUGACUAACCGUUGUUCUAUGCAUGAAUAGGGUCUCCGCAAAGGGUAGUGCUGUUAUUAAAAUACUGCUGGUUUGGCCUUGAAGUUAUUCCUUUCUGCUUGUGAAUUUCAUACAAAAUUAUUGUCCGUAGAAGCUUUCUGCAGCUUAUUGCUUCUGUUGUUAUGUGCUUCCAUAGAAUAAGUACUUAUAGAUAGUUCAUGUUAUUCGUUGUUCAUUGAAGGAGAUGGAGUCAACAUUGACAAGCCUCAAGGCUAUGCAAGUGCUGGAGAAAAUAUUAGCAAAUAUUUAAAAUGGGGACAUAGGUUUUGAUUAGCCAAAAGUAAAGAGUCAACUAGUGAGAAAAACUUAUUGAUUACACUAAAUUCAUUUUAUUGAAAUAGAGGUUCCGGCAAGUGGUGUAAAGUUUGGACAAAAGAAUUAGUUGUAGUGAUUAAUGAGAUGCUAACGCUUAUUUAAGGGCUUAAAGAGGUUAAACCAGUUUAAGAGAUUUAUUCCUAUUCUCUGACCCAUUACUCCUUCCUUCCCUGCUCAAUAAUUUCUCCUGUUAUUAAGCUUCAUUUUAGAUAUUCUGGGUAUGCUGCUUCUUUGGUUUGAGUAGCUAAGCUGAUUAAGUGUGUGCAAUUGAAUGGCGAAGGUGUCUUUUGCAACUAUCAAAAGUUGUGAAUGUCUGUCUCCGACUUCAAGAGCAAUUUCUGGAAAAUAAUUUCCACUCUCCAGCCAACACCAGAAAACAUUUUCUAGAAAAGUAUUUUCUGAAAAAAUAAGUCAUUUUCUGGAAAAUGUCUUUCGUCCUGCCAAACAUACUCAUAAUCUCAAGUUCUGCUUUAUAGGUAGAUAUGUCAGUUGUUAACACAUCAAAGAAUAUCAAAUUCUACUGCUAUUAUUUGGGUACAUCACACUUUUUGCACUGAAUUGAUAUGUUUCUCCAAUGUGAUUUGAUGAGUGAAUGUUGUACUAGGAACAGUUUUUCACUAGAAUUUUCAGUCUUCUGUUAGCCACCUCAAGGGGAGGACACUGAUGUAAAGGUUGCACUGAUAAUCAGUGCAAAUUGUACGCUUGGUUUAAUUUGCAGAUUAGUGUAUUUGACCAUUAAAUAUUAGGAAAAUUUAAAUCAGGACUAGUAAAAUAAGGUGCUAAGUGGCAAGUAUCUUAAUCUCAAAUUUCGUCUUAUAGGUAGAAAUGACGAGAGUUUGAAGUUGCUCUUGCAUCAAUCUAUGUCGAAGUCCAAGACUAUUGUGUGGAUGAAACUUUUACAAUUGCAUUUAAGAAUGAAUUGUUUGAUUAAAAUGAUAUUGGUCCUGUUAUGGUUUUAUGAGUGAAUGGAGUACUAGGAGCAGUUCGUCGAUACAAAUAGUAAAUCUCCCACUAGCCACCUUAAGGAAUGGGAGGACACAGACAAAAGGCAAUCGCGCAACCAAAACAUAAGAAGCGGAAAAAAAUUAAAUCAAGCAUCAGUCUGCUCUCUUGUUUGGUCUGUACUUAUGAUAAACUUGUUUUCCUUUACCUUGGGGGGUUGAGAAAGUUUUUGGACCAUUCACCAUUACUACUCCUUGAAAAAGAUAAUCCCUUUAGUAAUCUUAUAAAGAUGAUAUAAAGGCUAGUUCUCCAACAAAUGCUGGUGGGAGCCAUUUGAAGUGGGGGUGUGAGUUCUGACCCUGAUCGAGCACUCUUUUAAGUGCUGCUUUAGUAUGCUAAAACUGGAUUUCGAUACUGCUCAAAAGAUAUGCCUGAGUUAACGUUAUCUUUUGUCGAUCAUACUACGCUGUGGGACUUCUAUAAUUUAUGUUGCUUUAGCUAAACCUUGAUUCCUAUUGUUUAAAGAUUAUGAUUAUAGGUUCUCUGUUCUAUGAAUAGACUAACCUCUAUUUAAUUUCUUAACAUUGAUUUGGUAUCAGUGCUGCUAUCUAAUUCAAGUUCAGUAUUUUGGCCUUUCAAAGUUGGUGCUAAAACAAUGUUGAUUGAGACAAGACAACUUCGGAUGGCACCAUUAACAAACUUAUUUGUCGUUUUGAUUUCUCCUAGUUUGUCAAAUUUGUUUCCGAUUGGAAUGAUCUGUCCGUUUACUGAUUUAGCCCAUUUUGCUCUGCUCAUAUUUAGGUAGGUUUCUUUAAAGAUUGUGUAUGACAUGUCCUUUAACAAGAAUAGCUUUCAUUUGUGUUUGUGCUCAUGAAUUGUUUUGUAUGCCUCCAUAUAUUCCAGAAAAAAAGUUUAAAUAAUGCCUAUGACUUGAUAAACUGUGAUUUAGUUGCUUGUGUGGUAUCGAAUAAUCGGGUAAAGAUAAGCUGUGAUUUAGUUGCUUGUGUGGUAUCGAAUGAUCGGGUAAAGACUAAUCAUACCUAUUAGUGUUGACAGAAACUGAGAAAUUCCGACAGGAAUUUCCCAUCCACAGAUAAAGAAAGGGUGUAGAAUGCAUGUCAUAAGACCAUUAGCAGCUGCAAAUCUAACAAAGCCACAUGCAGGUUGCGGCUACAUGGACGGAAAUUUUUUAUUUUCCCUCGUGUUUUUGGUAGUUAGAAGGAUUUUACAUUUUGCAGAACUGAAUACAGAUUGUCAAUGUCACUUAAUAUCCAAGCUCCAAGUAUCUUACAUGGAUUGAUCCUCACCAGAAGAUCUUGUAUACACGGAUCGUUACAUAAAUGAGGUAGCUGGGAAGUCCUAUCAAGAAAAUCCAUCAUUCCUGUUGUGCUGCCCCAGCCGCAGUGGCGGAGCCACAUGCACCCAAGGGGUAUCAACUGUUUAGCUCGGUAUUUUUUUUUAAAAUAUGUAUAUAUACUAUAUAAUGACACCCUUGACUUCUUGAUGAGUUAGUUUCUUUAUAUUUUGAUUCCCCUUAAUAAAAUUUCUGGCUUCGCCACUGCCCAGCCGGCCACAAGGUCUUGCAUAUCAGAUUUCUAACAAUGGAGCUUUCAUCUUCAAUCCCAGUUUCUAGUCACUAUGCCAUCUGUUUCAUGGAGAAAACUUCUUGUUGGCCUCAAGGAACAGGUAACCAUCCCCACACCUAUGAUAUUAACCUUAGCAUUGGAAAAUAUGAAUAUGUGAUGGUCCCAUUUUCUUAAUUUUAGUCCAUAAUAAGGACUACUAUAUUCAACCCCAGAAAACAGCCAGUAUAUGUGAAGUACCUUUUAAAACCCCUAUUCAUUCUUGAUAGGACCAUCAUCAUUUAUGCCAAGGAGACAGGGUUAAUCAACAAUCAUCUUUAAAUUUUGCAAGUUGUCAUUGAAUUAAAUAUAGGGAAAUUGGCUCUUCAUAUUUUUUUUGCGUAGACAACAUUUCUACAUCAAUCUGAUCUGACGGUGAUGAGAGUUCUUUUGUGGAUACCUUGUGUCUGGAGUAAGAAUGAGCAAAGUCUUUUCUAGUCCCUUUACAGUAUGUUUUAUUAAGACUAAUUGGGUCCAUCAUUGUUGCCAGAUUUGAUUAUUUUCUUUUGUCAACUUUUAGC